GACCCAGAUGAACUUAGGCUCUUCAUACUGGAAUCCUGAUAUGGUUAAUUCAACAGAGAUACUGCAGCGACAGUCAAUCAAUUCUUUACUGAGCGGAGGAAAUGCUGGUCAUAUUUCACCUCAGGAAGGAGAUACCCUUACCGUUACCGAGCUGUUUGGAUUGAACAAACCUAGGAGUACCACUCUGUCUUCUAGUUGCGGUGAUGUGAAUCCAGUGGGUAGUCCGCCUAAAAACUACUUUAACGACGGUAUAUCGACACCAGUGAAAACUCCGCAGUCCGGAGGGUGGAUGGAUAAUUCGUACUCUACGCCUCCUCGUUAUGAUGCGAACCUAAAUGGAUAUUCACGACAUGAUUCUUUCGAUAGAUAUUCGUCCUUCGGUCGCACACCAAAUGCUUUUGACAUUAUGCGUAGAAAUGACUUCAUUAACCAUUUAUCAGACAGGGAUCUCGACCGUAUUAACAAUAACUUUGAUCGACGCAGUACGCGCAAUAUGUGGAACGGCGAUCAUUCCUCUAAUGGAAGCUCCUACGCUGCAUUAUCAACUAUUUUGGAGCAAAACGACUCACAGGUUUCUGCAAGUGAUAGACUUGAAAGAUAUCGUGUCUUAGACAAAUUUAUGAAACUGACCGAUUCGAUAUUAGAUCAGAAAGUUCAGUCCCAUCGCUCAGCUGCAACGUGGUACGAAGCCACACACACUUGGAGCGGUGUACUUCCAAGACGACCCUUAAUUACUUUGGAAUCUAAUUUUGCAACAAAAGUUUUUUUAGGUGGGGUUCCAUGGGAAGCAACUGACGAACAUCUAUGUUUGACAUUUAGCCGAUUUGGUCGCGUGCAAAUUGAAUGGCCUGGAAAAGAUCGAAAUGCAGGACAUGCAAGGGGGCAUCUUUAUCUAAAUUAUGAGUCUCAGUUUAAUGUCAAGCGUUUGUUGUCUGCUUGUGCUACUGAGAUGAACAAUGAAGGCCAACAGAAAUGGUACUUCCGAUUCACAUCUCCGAACACAAGGCGUAAAAUGAUUGAAGUUAUACCGUGGGUGCUUUGCGAAUCAGUUUACUCCUGCAAUUAUUUUAGACCUAACAAUAUAAAUCAAUUUGAUCCUACCAAGACGGUUUUUGUUGGAGCAAUACAUGGAACACUGAAUGCCGAAGGUCUCGCUAAAAUUCUGAAUGAUCUUUUUGACGGAGUACUAGCUGUGAGUAUGGAUACUGACAGAUGGAAGUAUCCUAUGGGUUCUGCUCGUGUUACUUUUAGUAAUUCGACUUCUUAUAAUAAAGCUAUAAAAGCUGCUUUUGUGCAGAUCAAAACUGAUCGUAUUAAUAAAAUAAUUCAACUUGAUCCUUACUUGGAAGAAACAAAUUGUAUGAAUUGCGGCGAAUUUCGCGGCUUAUAUUUUUGUCGCGAUUUAACAUGUUUCAAGUAUUAUUGCUGCAUUUGUUGGAGAUACUUUCACUCUAACAAGGAUGACCAUAAGCCAAUUGGUAAGCGCUUUAGACAAUCACCAUAGAAGAUGAACCUAGUCGAACUGUCGGCGUUUGAUUUAUUGUUGCUUCUUUGUGUUUUGUUUGAUUAGUUGAUAUAUUUUAUAGAUUGUAAGUUGGUAUUUUUAAUUUUCGAAGUGGUUAUGUUACCAAUAAACUUGAACCAGCUUCGUAUAUUAUCUCGAGUAUUUCCGCAUCUCAUAAGUUUAUGUCUUAUUGAAAAAGUGAACCAUAAUAA